AGAAAGCUUUGUUGGGGUGAUAUAUCAGAUUAUCAGAGUCGAAGGGAAAUGAGGUGUAAAUAAAAAUACCAAACAGAAGCGUGUAACAGUGUCAUUAGGACCGGCUGGUUUUGCAGUGGUGAAUGGAUAUUUUUUUUGUUGGAAGCAGAGCAACUGUUCUGGUCGGACUCUUUUGGUGGUUUGUUCCGAUGUUCAAAGAUUUUGGUUAUUGGAUCUCAUUUUCUUCUCAAUGUUGACGCGUCUGCAGAGUAACAAACUUUUCUCCAAGGUUCUUCUGAGUCGUUACAAAAAUGGGUUUCCCAAUCUUAUCUCUGGGUCUCAAUUUUUAAGAGGUUUUAACGAGAUUGCAAAGCAUGGGUUUUCUGUAAUGUCGGGUGAUAAUCUACGGAGCCUAUCUAACAGUGCUUCCCCGAGGAAUUACCGAGUCGUAGUGGCUGCAACUCGUGAAAUGGGAAUAGGGAAAGAUGGCAAGUUGCCAUGGAGAUUGCCUUCUGAUCUCAAAUUCUUCAAGGAACUUACAGUGACAACAUCAGAUCCUGAGAAGAAGAAUGCUGUAGUAAUGGGUAGAAAAACCUGGGAGAGUAUUCCACUUGAGUUUAGACCUUUACCCGGUCGCCUGAAUGUUGUCCUUACUCGUUCCCAGAGUUCUGAUAUUACAACUGGAGAAAAUGUUGUAAUAUGUGGGAGCACUCCAUCAGCUUUCGAACUAUUAGCCGAGGAUCCUUAUUGUUUUUCAAUAGAGAAGGUGUUUGUCAUUGGCGGUGGCCAGAUAUUCAGGGAAACACUCAAUGCUCCAGGUUGCGAAGCCAUUCACAUUACUGAAAUUGGGACAAGCAUUGAAUGCGAUACCUUCAUUCCUUCAAUUGACUCGUCUUGUUUCCAGCUGUGGUACUCUUCGAAGCCAUUGGAAGAAAAUAAUGUCCGGUUUUCAUUUGCAACUUAUGUUCGUGUUAGAUCUAGGACAACUGAUAAUUAUGAGGUAAAAGACUUGAGUUUCUUGCCCAGGAUGAUUGUUGAGAGACGAGAUGAAUGAGUCGAUUAGUAAAUACUACUGAGACUUGUUCAUGAAACUAUCUCAAGUGGCAAGCAAGAUCCUUGACUGGUUAGAUGCAGAAUUCAUUUGCCUAGGUAGUCUUAAACUUUGGUUCUCUAUGACUCUACUGCUCUUUGCCUUACAUUUUAUUGUUGUUGCUGAGGUUUAAAUGUAAAUAUGAGCAUCAUCCCCAGUCCAUGAUGUGAUUUGGUACAAUGUAAGUCUAUCUUUGCAGAUCUUUUCAUCUUCUUAUAUAACUAAGGUACUUACUUA